AUGUGUGACGUGUCCAUUAUUAUACCUGUUUUCAAUGGUGAAAAAUGGAUCAACAAUUGUAUGAAAUCAAUAGCCUCGCAAACCAUCCUUGAUAAAGAAAUUAAACUGGAAAUUGUUGUUUACGAUGAUGGCAGUACCGAUGAAAGCAAACAGAUACUUGAGAAAUGGGCUCAAUAUUUUACAGAAAAAGGCGUUUAUUUCAUCAUAACUGGUGCGAAAACUACAAGAGGGGUUGGUGCUGCUAAAAAUGGUGCCAUCAGUAUGAGUUCUGGGAGCUUCUUGUGCUUUCAAGAUAUUGAUGACGUGAUGCAACCAGAAAGAAUCAUGCAACAAUGGCAAUAUGCUGUAAAUCAUCAUGAUACUUUAGUAGGGAGCAGAAUCUCACGAAUGCCACCCAAUUCUACACCACGCUAUGUUAGUUGGGCUAACAAUAUGACUCCAAGUCAGUUGAUGUUACAAAUUUAUACUUCUAAUGGAUCAACUUUACUAAUGCCGACUUGGUUUUGUCAUAGAUCUGUUUAUGAUAAAGUGGGUGGGUUUGAUGAAAAUGGUGCUGGUACUCCAGAAGAUCUGAUAUUUUUUCAUAAUCAUGUUGCUUUAGGAGGAAAAUUAUAUAGAAUAGAUAAAAAAUUAGUUGAAUAUACAUAUCAUGAAAAUGCAGCUUCAUUAUCUGUUACCAAGGAGUGUAUUUGGAAUAUACAAUUAAACAGGUUACAGAAAAACAUACUACAGUAUUGGGGCAACUUUACCAUUUGGAACGCUGGAAAAUCAGGUAGAAAACUAGUGCGAGCCUUAAAUUCAGAAAACUUAAAAAAAGUAAUUGCCUUUUGUGAUGUUGAUAAAAAGAAGAUAGGACGUAUCAUCGAAUUAUAUUGUACUAACAAAAGAAAAGUGAUAAAAAGAGUGCCAGUAAUUCAUUUCCUUGAAGCGAAGAGUCCUCUUAUUAUUUGUGUUAAACUAGACCUUACAAAUGGCCAGUUUGAAAGUAAUUUAGCAUCCAUGAAUCUCUGUGAAGGGAAAGAUUAUAUUUUAUUCUGUUAA